GUUAACUUCCUUGAUUAUAAAACAAAAAUAACAAAACGCUCAAGAAUGUCUUUAUGAUGUUAUUAGCAUCGGAAUUAGUCAUCAUUUUAGUGAUUUAUGUAAAUGCAAUAUCGGGAAUUGUAAACAGUAGUUGUACUUUCGAUAAUGGUGGGUGUGGUUGGUUAGUAAGUGAUAAUGGUAAAUACAAGUGGAAACGUCAAAGUGGGAAGACUCCUGAAUCUGAUACAGGACCGGAAAGAGAUCACACAACUGCAUCUGAAAAUGGUUCCUAUUUUUACACGAUAUCUCAGGGUUCGUCGAAAGAAAACUAUGUAAGUGAUCUACAGUCUGGUUUGAUUAAACCGAGUCCAUACCAGUGUUUGACAUUUUGGUAUCACAUGUAUGGUAAACAUAUCAACACCUUACAAGUAUUUGAAAUGAAAGAUGAACACAACAUUGAACUGUGGAACAAAUCACAAAGUCAAGGGAAUAAAUGGCAUUUUCAUUCACUGGCAUUGAAAAAUAUCGGCCCAUAUCGAAUUAUGUUUAGAGCAACUCGUGGUAAUGGGAAAAAAAGUGAAAUUGCUGUUGACGAUAUUUUUAUUAGCAACACCGUCUGCAAGAAAGUAAGAGAUACCAGUGUUAGAAGUGAUACCAGUGUUACAAGUGGUACCCGUGUUACAAGUGGUACCAGUGUUACAAGUGAUACCAGUGAUACCAGUGAUACAAGUGAUACCAAUGUUACAUGUACAAGUAAUAUCAGUGUUACAAGUAAAUCAGCAACAGGUUUAGUUGUCGGCUUGGUUAUUGGUGGUUUAUUACUAGCAUGCGUUGUAAUUGUGAUUGUUGUUCUUGUUGGAAGGAAAACAUUCAAGAGCAGACCAAGAGAAAAAAUUAGAAACAAUCUCGGAACAAAUGACUAUAUUGGAGUUCAAGACAUAGCUUUACCACUAACCGCCAAUCAUGCCAGACAUGUGCAAAAUGAUGCCAACAGUAGUGGUGUUGACAGUACACAUGCUCAUGCUAAAAUCAUCAAUGUAAAUAAAGAAAGGGUACAGGCGCAUGCAUUUGCAACUCAUCGGAACACAACAUUAUCAGACAAUCAAUGGCAAAAUGACAAUAAACAUUCGAUCGUGGAUCAGACAGCUGAAAAAAGUAUUAAUGGGAAUAUAGACGACGAUACUGGAACAGCAGACAGUUAUAUAGUAUUAGAUCCAACCGAGACAGGUUUCAAACGGACACGAUGUUCUAACACUCCUUCAGGUUAUGAGUUUGUAAAACCGGUUAAUGAUACGGGGAACAAAAUAGGCGAUGCGGAUCAAUAUGCUCUAUCUGAGGACGGAGUCUACGACCAUUCGGAAAAUAAUCGUCACAAAGAAUUAGAAGAUAACAUUUACAACCAUGCUGUUGAUACUAUUUAUGACUCUGGAAGUCACAAAAGAAAUGACGAAGGGAGGGAAGACACCUACGAUCAUUUCUUUGGACAAAAAACAGAAGAUGAUUAUGAUAUUUCAACAACGACAUGAAUCCAUGCAUAGACAUGAUAUAUAUGCAUUCAGAUAUUUUGUAUAUGUAUACAUUUCAUUUUAGUUGGUGGCCGCUGCUGAUGCGGCGUACAGCAAAAAACCAAUGAAUCAACUAGUCGUUUAAUUUAUUUCACAUCCGGUAUUCGUUGCAAAGUAUGUCACUGCUCUUCCACAUAAGCUAGCAUAGUAAAGAAUAAAUAACAUUUUUUUAAAGAGUUGAAUGCAAAUAAAGGCGACAUGGCUCGUGACGCUGAAAGGCGUCACUCGGAAGUACAAGUACCAAAUACAACAUUUAACCUUUAGUAUGCCAUAACAAAGAAUGAAAUACUAGGUUGUAUUAAGAUUCUUUAAAAAAAGGCAACUUUAGAUUACCAAAUUGUAAAUGAGUCUUUGAAAUCUACAGCAAACCCGUUCCCCUAUUUAUAUCUAAUUGUUUCCAACCGUGUAUUUGAGUCUGCUCAAAUACAACAGCUAUGAUUAGCAGGAGGAAUAUAACCAUUUGUCUGUAAGUUUCUUUAAGACUCCUUCUUUGAAAUAGUAAGAUGUUAGAUGAAAAAUCUCUAGUGUGUUUUAUUAGUAGACUUUUAGAAGCCCUUUAGUAGAGGAUAUCGUACCUGAUUAAUGAUUCUUAACAAUGUUACAAACAUUUAAAUAAGAAAAAAAUGUCACUUAUAUGUAACCAAAAAAAAUGUUUUGUCAACUGUUAUCAUGGUUAUAUUCUCCAUCGAAUAUUAAAAUAAAACUUGUCAAAACUGUAAGAACUAAAACAAUUAAUAAGAAUAAUAAAUAGAAAAAUGAAUUCUCUCUAAAAACAUUCAGUCAAGAAGACAACAAUUACAUGUUCACGAUCUUUACACUAAACAUGCUAAAGGUCAUAUUUUCCUGUUUUACUAUAUAUUGUUACCACACACAUGUACAUAUUUACACAUGACUUGUAUCUUUGUAUAUUAUUGCUUUUUUUUUGUAUAACUUUAUAUCAGAAUUUUUUUUAUCAGAAUAAGUUAUAUAUAUAUAGUAAAAUCAAUAUCUUGGCAAACUUAAGAAUCUCAGUCUUUCAAUUUUUAUCUAUUUAAAUAAAAUCUCAGCUUUAUGUGUUUAUUAUUAGAAACUCAUUUGACAUCAAAUGCCCUAUUCUGAACAUGUAACAUCAAACUAUAGGCAUGGUUGAACCAAGAUAAAUAUACUUUAAAUGAA